AUGAAGUUUUCUUUAUUUAUCAUCUCGUAUAUUUUGGUUGUUAUUGAGAGCAAAGAUCUUUAUGAAACUUUAGGGGUGACUAAAAGCGCAAGCACACAAGAAAUCAAGCAAGCAUACAAGAAAUUAGCCCGAGAGUGGCACCCCGAUAAAAACAGUGAUCCAUCUGCAGCUGAUGUAUUUACUAAAAUUAAUGAAGCUUAUGAGGUUAGUUCGUAUAAAGAGAAAAGAGCAGCCUAUGAUAAUUUUGGACAUACUGCAGGGCAUCAAGAGCCACAAAGGCAUGGAUUUCAUUAUGGUGGAUUUCAAACAUUUGAUGAGUUUUUUGGUGGUGGAGGUGGUUUUAGAUUUAAUCACUAUGGUAAUAAAGAUUCGGUUAUAGGAAAAUAUACUAUAACCUUAAGGAAAUAUGAAAGUAUUAUAGUACCAGAAAGUCACUUCAAACCCUGUUUUAUAUAUGUCUAUAGUGAUUUCUGUUUUAACUGUAUGAGAGUUGAGCCACUUAUAGAGAAAAUUCUAGUAGAGUUAGAUAAUAUAGGUUUAUGUGUUGGUACGUUUCAUGCAAGAGAUAGUUCAUCUUUAACAUCGCAUUUACGUAUUCAUAAUGUACCUUCAAUACUGUCCAUUGUUAAUGGCCGGCCGUCUUUUUUCAAUGACCAUCUUAGCAUGCAGAUAUUACGAAAUUAUGUUCGAGGUCUAUUUCCUAAAUCAACUUUAACAAAGAUAACUGACACCAACUAUGAGAAAUUUCUCUCUGGAUAUUCAGACAAUAGAAUUCGUGGAAUUUUCUUCUCACCCAAAAAUGAGCCUUCAACAAGAUUGCUGGCACCUGCUUUUUAUUAUCAAGAAAGAGUAGCAUUUGGUUUUGUAUGUACUCACAGUAAUGAGGCUAUAAUAUUACUAAAUAAAUUAAAUAUAAACAGAAACAGAGAUACACUGUUAUUAUUUAAUGAAGAUGCCACCAAUCCUGUAGCUUCUGUUACAAUGCAGCAACUAUCACGUAAAACAGUAGAUGAAUUAAUAGAUAGUAAUUUAUAUUUACAAUUACCACGGUUAUCAUCACAGUCAUUGUUUGAUAAAUUAUGUCCUGAAGAAUCUCGACGUAAAAGUAGAAGACUAUGUGUUGUGUUGGUAACAAAGAAAGCAAAUGAACAUGACAACCAUAGAGCAUUGUUUCGACAGUUUGCUGUAGAUUCUAAGUUCCCACAAGAACGUGUGAGAUUUACCUAUAUGUAUGAAGAUACACAAGAGAAGUUUAUUAAAGCUUUAACUAUGGGAAAUAAAACAAGAUCAAAUGAUGUAUUAGAGGUUGCUAUACUAUGGAAGAUGGAUACCAAGCGUAUUAACUAUGAGUUUUUAGAGUAUGGUUGGAAUAUAAGAGAGAAUAGUAUAGGAUUAAGUAGGAAUAGUCUAAAUGCCAGAUUACAUGAGUUAUUAGAGAACAAUGGAUAUUUAAUGUAUAAAGUGGUUGUACCAGAAGUCUAUAAUGAACAUGCUUUGGUAUGUAUAUUAUAA